AUGCACAACAACCAGCCGCUCACUUACCGUCUGCCGGCAAACGGCCAGCCCGUGAUCCAGUCGGUGCAGCAUGUGCCUGCGCAAGGCAUCCUGGGCGCGCCGGCGAUUGUGCUGCCGCAGGGCGGCGCGCAUGUGAACCUGCAGGCGGCAGCGCCGCAGCUGGUGCAGUAUGCUGUCGCGCUGCCCGCGCCGCAGCAGAUCCGACACAUCGUGGCCGCGCCCCCGCCGGCGGCGGUCGUCCACGUUCAGGGCGGGCCGGCCUACGCGCCGCAGCCGCAGGCGCAGCCCGCGCCGCCGCCCGUGCAGCCGCCGCCUCCGCCGCGCCGCGCGCCGCCGCCGCCGCCGCACCGCCUGCAGCAGCAGCAGCAGCCGCAGCAGCAGUGGGGGACGUACGGCCAGGGCCUGCUGCCGCAGGGGCAGCAGCAACAGCAGCAGCAGCACCCCCAGCAGUAUCAGAUCGCACAGGCCCCCCCCGACCGCGCCCUGCCGCCCUAUGGCAGCCCCGGGCCCCACGAGCGAGCGGCCUGGCCGCCGCCGCGGCAGCAUCAACCGGCGGCAGGGGC